GCUCGAUAAAAAAAGCUUCCUGCGCGAGAUAGAGACUGAAGAUUGAAGAACAGUCGUCGGCUCCUCACUCGCCCUUCGCUGCUGCGCCAUCACCGUGCCCUUCUCAAAGCGAUUUUAACCUAACCGCGUUCUUUUUUUCUUCAGAAAUCGAGCAUAAGGAUUUGAGGAUUGAAGUAUUGAACACCAAAUCCUUUAUACUUGAGUGACUGUCCAGGUUGGGCAAGAAGGGAGGGAAAAAGGAGAAACACAAAAAUGUUUUUCCACAUAGUGCUGGAGCGAAAUAUGCAGCUGCAUCCACGCUACUUUGGUCGCAACCUUCGUGAUAAUCUCGUUUCCAAGCUAAUGAAAGAUGUGGAAGGCACUUGCAGCGGCCGACAUGGAUUUGUGGUGGCAGUUACAGGGAUAGAAAACAUAGGGAAAGGGCUAAUUCGUGAUGGAACAGGGUUUGUGACAUUUCCGGUUAAGUACCAAUGUGUUGUCUUCAGACCAUUUAAGGGAGAGAUCCUGGAAGCUGUUGUUACUAUGGUGAACAAGAUGGGAUUUUUUGCUGAAGCUGGACCUGUCCAAAUCUUUGUUUCAAACCAUUUGAUUCCGGAUGAUAUGGAGUUCCAGUCUGGAGACAUGCCAAAUUACACUACAUCAGAUGGAUCAGUUAAGAUUCAAAAAGAUAGUGAAGUGAGACUAAAGAUAAUUGGGACUCGAGUGGAUGCUACUGAAAUUUUCUGCAUAGGUACCAUAAAAGAUGAUUUCUUGGGUGUGAUCAACGACCCUGCAACAGUUUAAAUACCCCUUUCUGUACUCGUGUAUCGUAUAUACUUGGAUUUUUACACCGUAAUCCUCUUCAGAUAUUAUGUUGUCUUACUCGAUUAUUGAAAGUACUAAGUCGUUGAGUUUUUGGUUCCAGAAUUAAUUUUCAACUCCCACAAGUAAUUUUGGGUAAUUCCAUCAA